AUGUCUGAGAAUAUUCCUAUGCAUAAAGCCCAUUUAGUGAGUGGCUUCUUUGGUGGUUUAACUUCCGUCGUUCUUUUCCAGCCAUUAGAAUUACUUAAAACAAGGGUACAACAAAAUGGUAAUAAAGGCGUCUUAAGAACACUUCGGGAGCUUACCUCAGUCACUGAGCUUUGGAGAGGUACGGUACCGUCAAUUUUGAGAACAUCUAUUGGAAGUGCAUUAUAUAUGUCAUUAUUAAAUCUGACAAGAACAAUGAUUGCUACGACCCAAGCUCAUCAGAGAACCAGUGUGUUGCCAAAACUAUCAAUGUAUGAAAAUUUACUCUGUGGAACGUUUAGUCGAGCUGUUUUGGGGGUUAUAACAUUGCCGCUUACUGUUAUUAAGUCGAGAUGUGAAUCGACCUUAUACUCAUAUAAAAGCAUGUCACAAGCUAUUUCUCAUAUAUACCGAACGGAAGGACUUCGAGGGUUUAUGACUGGACUUAGUAGUACGGUAAUGAGAGAUGCUCCAUAUGCAGGGAUAUAUGUGCUAUUAUAUGAGCAAGCGAAAACACAACUUCCUAAUCUUAUAUAUGGCACUACAGAGGAGGGCGUAGGCGCCGCAAUGCUUGGCACAUACCGCUCCACCUUAACAAAUAUAACAUGUGCAGCACUGGCGGCUGCUUUAGCGACAACUAUAACCGCACCAUUCGAUAUCAUAAAGACAAGAAUGCAAUUAGAUCCAAAGAAGUACAGCAGAUUUACAAAAACUACCUUACUUAUUGCUAAAGAUGAGAGUAUAAAAACAUUUUUUGAUGGGUUGGGAUUAAGAUUAGCUCGUAAGACGUUAAGUGCAGGGAUUGCAUGGGGAAUUUAUGAGGAAAUGGUUAAAGUUAUCACACUGCGAGCAGCAAAUUAG